AUGUCGCAGAUGCUGCACAUAGAAAUCCCCAACUUUGGGAGCACCGUCCUGGGCUCCCUGAAUGAGCAGCGCCUCCUGGGUCUCUACUGCGAUGUCUCCAUCCUGGUCAAGGGCCAGGCCUUCAAGGCUCACCGGGCUGUCUUGGCAGCCAGCAGCCUCUACUUCCGAGACCUCUUCAGUGGCAACAGCAAGAGCGCCUUCGAGCUGCCGGGCUCCGUGCCGCCCGCCUGCUUCCAGCAGAUCCUCUCCUUCUGCUACACCGGCAAGCUGACCAUGGCUGCCAGUGAGCAGCUGGUGGUGAUGUACACAGCAGGCUUCCUCCAGAUCCAGCACAUCGUGGAGAAGGGGACAGACCUGAUGUUCAAAGUGAGCUCCCCUCACUGCGACUCCCAGACGGCCAUGACGGAGGAGCCCUGCUCGGGGCCCCAGAGCCCCUGCCACCCCCUGCAGCCGCCCUCCCUGCCCUAUGCUGUGUCGCCUUCCGUGCCCCUUCCACUGCUCACCCGCGUCAAGCAUGAGACCUUGGAGCCUGCGAAGCGGUCCUUGGAGUGCAGCCUGCGGGAGGUGGCCGGGGGCAGCUCCUCUGCUAGCGCCCCGCUCAAAUUGUCGCGCGUCUCCUACUACGGGGUGCCCAGCCUUGCCACCCUCCUCCCCAGCAUCCCGCUGGCUCAGUACUGCCAGGGGGAGCGGACGAGCCCUGGGGCCAACAGCCUCCCCACCACCGACAGUCCCACCUCCUACCACAAUGAGGAAGAUGAGGACGAUGAUGAAGCCUAUGACACCAUGGCGGAGGAGCAAUACGGGCAGAUGCACAUCAAGUCCACAGGCGGCUAUGCAGGUAAAAAACCCCUUUAGCCUCCGCCACUUUCAUUCUCAUGGGACCGUAAAAUGAGAGGCAUCUGCAGUCAGGCAGGUGUUCAUUUCCCUGCAUUUUAGAAAAGUAGUUCAGUAGGUGGAGUGUCUGAUUUGCAAGCAGUUGUUUUGAUCCCCAGUUGGCAUCUCCAGAUAGGGCUGGUAGUAAAUCCCCUGCUGGAAACCCUGCACAGCCAUCACUGCCGGUCAGUGUUGGUAAUACCGAGCUGGGCAGACUGAUGUCCUCACUUGGAGUAAGGAAGCUUCGCACUGAUUUAAGACUUGAAAACUUGAAUGGGAACAGUGCUGAAUGCAGCUUAUUUCCAUUUCGGGGUGAGGUCUCUUAUUUCCUUCCCUCCUGCCAGAUAUAGGUCUCCAGGCUCUGUGAAUUUGCUGACAGGGAAGGCAUUUCUUAGUAAGGAGUAGUUCAUUUUUCAAUAAGAUGUUUUCUGGCGGGAGGGACUGGAUCUCUACAUGUGAAUCUGCUGAAGGUGCCAUUGUUGUCCCUUUGGUUCCUUGCGGAAAGUAAUAAGCUCUUAAUUUCUGCAAGCUUAUUGAUGGUGUCUAUUUCCUUAUUUGGGGUGUGUGUGUGUCUGCAUGUUCAGAGUUUCCUCCUCAUUUAAUGAAACUGGCAAUGCAGCAUUACUCCAUGGAUCAGUUUCCUUGAUGCCGACAGAUUUUAAGGGUUGCAUAUUGAGCAUAGCAAGAUUGUUGAGCUCUUUCUCUUGGUCCAUUUUCUGUAGCUUAAGGAGCCUGGAAGCCCAGCCCAGGCAGAUGUCUCCUCUCCUUCCCAGGAGAAAGAGGCAAGAUGCCUUCAGGCAGGAUUGGGAAUGAGGUGCUGGCUUUGGAGCUGUGCUGAGGUGCUGUGUUCUAAAACCAAAGAAGGGGUGACAGUGUGAUUCUACAGUCCAGGCCACUGUGGGUCAGUGUGGUACUCUUGGGGUCAUGAAAGAGCUUGUAGGGCAAGAGACACUUUAUGGUCAGCCUGGAUGCCCCCCGCUGACCCACUGGAGAGACACAUUUCUAGCCAAGCCAGCAGGAUUUUAUAGCCAGAGCCCAGCUAGGUUCUAUGUCCAUUGAUCAGCUAAAUUUUGUGGGUGGCUGACAGGGUGCUUGGCUGGCAGCAUCUCAUGUGCCCAAAGUAUGUUAGCUCGGGGGUAGGGGGACCUCACUUUGCAGGUGUUUGAAAAAGCUGGGAGUGUCCAAAAUGUCAAUGUUCUAAUUUGACCAGGCUAAAACUUUCCCUGCCUGUACAGAUAGUUUUGGUGCUGAGGAGCAGGUGACUCUCCAGGGUCAUCUUGUCCAAAGGUGGACCUCCUUUCCCAGGGAGAAACUGAAAUCCAUCCUUCAAAGCUCACUCAAAACUUAAAACCCUGAGAGAGUGAAGCCAAUCUGGUUCACUCAGAGACAGUGAUUCCUUGAUGUGAGUCGUAUGCCAGGGAAACAACAGCCCACCAGGAGCACCUGGAGCACCUAGUCCAGCCCCCCAACAGGUAGCUCAGCGGGAAGGAACCUGUGGGCAAGACCUGCUGCCAGCAGCAGCAGCUCUCCCCACUAGCAGUUCCCAGCCACUGGCAUUCAGAGGCCUACAUAUUACGCACUUCUUUAAAACAUUGAUCAGCCAGCCAUCUUAAAGUUUAUUUUGUGCAGUGUUACUUAUUUGUUUAUUUCAUAACUUUUAUAUACCGCUUGAUUGUCAGAAAAAUCCUCAAAGCGGUUUACAUAAAGUUUGCUAGUGUUUUGUGUUCCGUUGCAUGCCGUGCACCACCCUAUCAGUCCCUUAGGAAAUGGCGUCAUAAAUAUUUUUACUUAUAAAUGAACAAUAAAUUCUGCCUUCAAGAGUGGAGGUAGAACAUAACCAGUGUGGCCUGGCUGUAACCAUUGGGCCUACUUCCCCAACCCUCUUGUCAGGAUCUAUUCACAUUUCCCGCUGCUGCCUCUGCAGAGCAGGGGUCAUUUGCCGUGGCUGCUUCUGCUUGGCUUCUUGGCCCAAGAGAAAGCGGGGUUCCUGCAGCCUCAGCCAUUUGGGAUACCCCGGGGUUUUCCCUUACAAUCCUGGGUAGCUCUUUCAUGCCUCCCUCCUUCUCCCCAAGGGCCUCAAGAGAAGCCGGAGCCAGUGCCCCUGGAGAGCCGCUCUUGUGUCCUCAUCAGGCGGGACUUGGUCGCCCUCCCUGCCAGCCUUAUCAGCCAGAUUGGGUAUCGCUGCCACCCAAAACUCUACUCAGAAGGAGAUCCUGGAGAAAAACUUGAACUCGUGGCAGGUAAGGACCCACAGGGGCAGGUUUUCCUUAUACUUAGGGACUUGUUGCAGUAACAUGGCUUAAAAAUUGUAAAUAUUGUAGAACUCCUGCAAUUCUUUGUUUCAUUAACAAGGGAUCUUUUAAUUUCUGCAUGAUUUGGUGGGGUUUUUUUUAAUUAAAAAAUAAAAAUAAAAUAAAUUUAGAAAAGAUAAAUUGCAGUGAACCAAAAUGUAGAAAAUUUUGCUUAUAAAAUUAAUCUGACCUAAAUUUAUUUUGUUUAUAAAAUUACUUUGUUAUUUAUGGUAAUAUUGUAAAUGUGAUAUCUAUUUAAGUAGAGUUCCCCCCCCUUUCUUGUCUUUCACUUCUGAGAACAAAUAUAACUUCCUUGGAUUCUUAUUUCAUUUACUUUACAUUGUAUCUGUGAAAGCUGUGAUGUGGUCUUACAUUUUUCUAAGCUUUGUUUAUGAAAUGGACUGGCCACCUUGGUGUCCACCUUCCCUGAGCAACUUCUCAGUAUUUAGGUGUGAAGGGAGUUUUAGAUAAGAGACCCCAAAGAGCUAAUCCAGAGCAUUUUCCCCUUGUCAGGCCUUCAGUGGGGGGAGAAGAAAGGUUGCCUCCCUGAGAGAGCAGGGAGUAGAGGUGGGCAGGGCCAGGGCGCCCUCACCUGGCAGGAAGAGAAUGUGCCUUUACUGCUGGCCAUUCCAGUAAAGAGUGAAAAGGCUGGAUCUUUUGCUGGGGGUAGUGAUCCUGAGGGAUCUCAGGACCCUCCCUUGGGUUGCCACGAUCAGGUCACAGACAACUCCUUUUCCUGCUGCCCAGGUCACUUCUCUGAGGUAUGUCAUAAGUCUUUGCUGCUUCAAGAUGAUCUGAGUCAGUAUUAACUGCAUGCAUGUUUGUGUCCUGUUGUACACCUUGCAGAGCAGAGCUGGGGGUGUGACUUCUGGACCUCUUACUUGCUCUCUCCUGUAUUGCUGGAAGUUGGACAUGAUGACCCUUGGGGUCCCUUUCCACUCUACAAUUUUAUUAUUCUCUCUCUCUCCACCCAGGCUCCGGUGUUUACAUCACUCGGGGGCAGCUGAUGAACUGCCACCUGUGUGCAGGUGUGAAGCACAAAGUUCUCCUGCGGCGCCUGCUGGCCACGUUCUUUGACAGGUAGGACACAAAGGAAGGGCCCGUCCUCCUAGCUCCUCUUGACCCAGCCGGCUUCUGAGCUGCUGCCAGGGAGCCAAGUUUGGAGGGAGCAGGAGCUUUAAGUGAUGGAAGAAUUAAGCAUUUUGCUUAAUGGGAAUUAAAAAAUGGGUUUUUAAUUUGUCUGUCAAUGGAGGUCAGAUGUUUCCUAGUAGAAAGCAUAAAUGUGAGGAUGUGGGAUUGUGUCCAGUGCUAGUCCUGUUCAAAGUAGACCCACUGAAGUUAGCAGACAUGACUAGCUUAAGUUUGUUCAUUUCAGCAGGCCUGCUCUGGUUAGAGCCCUUCAUGUCUGUCUUUACCAAUUAGCAGAAAUAGCUAAACCCUGCCCUGGGAGCACUACACUGCAACACAAAGGGAAACCAGAUUAAGAUUAACAACCAUGCUGGGUGGAAUUUUUGUGUGUUUGUGGAUCCUGUGCAUUUGCACAUGUAAGAGUCUGAGGUGGCUGUACUCAGCACUGGCAUGAAACCUUCAGGGGGUUGGCUAGAGGGGGAAAACAGCCCUCAGGCAGAGAAAGGUUUAGCCACCGCUGGGAGCGGAGAGAUCUGGGAGCGAGGAGAUCUGGGACCAUCUGCAUAUGGAUCCGCAGGUCGAGGGCAGACAAACCACUUUCAUUUUGCUGUUCUUUGAAGGAGGUGCAGUGUACACAAAUGCUCAUAGGUGUAAUAAGACAUCACAGAGCCUAAAUUGGACACUGUAUGUCAACACAUUUGGAAAUACACAUGGUAACAGAUUUUGUCCCUUAUCCUAGAAUCGCAGAAUGAGAUGCAGACGAUUCUUCAAAUAACUGGUGUGAGCAUAAAUAUGUAUAUUUAAUAAUUCCUUUAAAUGGGCUGACGUGUCUACUGGCAAGUGAAAAUUCUCUUGCCUCUUCUUAUCAACUAGUAUAUGCACCAUCUACAAAGAAAUAGCUUCCAGAAGUUCUUGAAACUGCAUGUCUCUGUAGGUCUGUAGAUUUGGUUAGUCAAAGAAACGGACAUGUAGGUUGACGUCUCUGUUGUGCUCCCCCCCCAAAAAAAGCUCAAACUUUGGGGGGUUUAUCCAGUGUAAGUAAUUUGGAAUUGUGUUCAGUAUUUAUAAUACUAUGAAAUACCUUUUUAAAAAUUUUGUUCUUCGGCCAUGGUGAAGAUUCCUUAAUUUCUGCUGAUUUGCAGAGUGAGCCUCAACAAGCCACAACUGAUUGGUUUGUAUUAUCUCCUGUAUGAGAUUUUUUCUUGGGGGGUGUACCUCUUUGGGCUUCUGCUUCUCCCUCUCUUCUCCCCCCACCCAUUCCUCCAUGGAAGCUCCUUCAAAGUCUGCUGCCUGAAAUGGGCUCUUUCCCAUGCUUUGGAUCCCAGCUGUGGGUUUUCUUUGAAUGUGCUCUUGAGAUUCUGCUUCCCACUCCUUCCCGGGACAGGAACACACUGGCCAACAGCUGCGGAACUGGGAUCCGGUCUUCCACAAGUGAUCCCAGCAGGAAGCCACUGGACAGCCGGGUCCUUAAUGCUGUGAAACGUAAGUGUGGAGAGGAAGAGGAGAAGGAGCCUCGUGAGGGUAGAUGGAGAGCUAUUCGGUUUAUUUUACAUCUUCCUUUAGUUGUGACUCCUGCCUUGCAGGAGGUUGGACUAGAAGACCUAUGGGUCCUCUGCAAUGCUGUAAUCUACAAUUAUAAUUAAGAGACUCUUGCUCUACCGACUGAGCUACUCUAUUAUUCUAAGGGGUCUGGAUUCAAAUGCUCCUUCUAAAAAGACACCAAAGCUUUAAAAUCCUGCAUUUUGGCGUCAGAACCCUGUUUACUGCCUUUUUGAAAAACUGUUUUUUAUUAAAGAUUUUAUUGGGUUACAAAGGUACAUACAUUAUCUCUGUUUUCAGAUCAUAAAGUCCUUUCUACAGGGCAGUUCUAUUCAAUGUGAGACAGUAAUGUUGUAGACAGUAUAAGGUUGGGGGAGAAGAGAGGGGGGAAUGUUUACUGCCUUUUGUAUGUGCUGACAAAGUUUGUUUUUAAGUCAGGGCAUGAGAGGGAAGAUCUUUGAGUCAUGGGAAGAUCUUUGAGAGGGAAGAUCUUUGAGUCUGUGGCCACAACAGAUUUUCUCUCUACUAAGCUAUUUUGUGGCAGCCCCAAUUGGUUGAGCUCCUCCUGUUUCAUGAAAUGCUCAUUGUCUCAUGACAGCAAUGUGGAAAGAAGCCCCAAACAGGGGACCCUCCUUAGAAUGUUGUCCCUGGUUGAAAGGGCAGGCAGAGAGGGGUGUCAGGGAAUUUGGACACUUGCGGAGCCAGGCCAAGCCAUGUUGGCUGAAAAAAGACUGCUGAGAGGUCAUGAGCCAGAAGGGGCCAGUCGGAAAGUCACUUGGGAGGGCGGUGCUGGGAGGGAGAAAUUUGCACUUCAACUGUAUCCUCAAGGCAACUUGCAAGAAUUAAAUAGUUCCACUAGCAAAUUAAAAUGCAGCAGCAUAAAUCUGAUAAGGACAAAUGAGACCAGAUGCAUGCAGAGCCAAAGCAGAGGGUAUGCUCUAAAGAGUGUGUGCAGUUUUGCUUCGGAAGGUGAGGAGCCUGCCUGGGCUUCUUUAAAAAGAAGGGGAAAUUCUGCCAAAUGAAACUUCUACCACUACAGGAUUAUGUCCUUCUGUGCAGCUCUUGAAGGACUUGGAGGCUCUCUCAAGGUCUGGACUUGGGAAAUCAAGGCCUGAAAAGCAGUGUAGGGUUAGGGUUCGUGACUCUGGCAGCUGCAUGACUCGGAGAAUUGGCUCUGAAAGGGGGAUGAGGAGAGGGAGGCCUUGAGUUGAGCAAUGCCAGAGAGGCUCUCAAUAAGUACAAGUUGUUUGUCAUCCGCAGAGGCUGGGUCUGGUCUUCUCUGUGCUUGCCUGCUAGUUUCCUACCAGCCGGGUAAGGUGUGAUUCAAGCUGUUGAAUGCAAAUCUGGAAGCAUUCAAUCUUUCUUUCUUAAAAUAGUGAAUAAUUCACAGUCUACUAUGGGACCUUCCAGCACUGUCUCCUUAUCUGUGCUGGAUGUUACAAAUCUUGUAAAGGCGCCUUUAUGCAAUCUGUAAUUUUACGGCCAUUGUUCCUGAUGCUGAAAAAAAAAAGUUAAAACUCUUCCUCUGUUGUAGCUAAAACACCCCCUUGUCUUUGCAGUGUAUUGCCAGAAUUUUGCCCCAAGUUUCAAGGAGAGUGAGAUGAACGUCAUCGCAGCUGACAUGUGCACUAAUGCCCGCCGGGUGCGGAAGCGGUGGCUGCCGAAGAUCAAAUCCAUGUUGCCGGAGGGUAUGGAGAUGUAUCGCUCCGUCAUGGGCUCCACUACCAGCAGUAUCUCCCUGGACCCUGAAUUCCAGCCUUCCGCUGCUCAGAUGUUUGAACAGCGGAUCUAUGCGGAGCGGAGGGGGGAUUCUGGAACCAUUGUGGCACUGAGAACUAACACGGUCACUGUGGAUCAGAGCAACAGAUCCAGCCAGCUGUUUGAGCCGAAUGAGCAGGGGGAGGGAGCCAGUUCUGUCAUCCAGGAGUCUGCUGGCCCAGAAGCAAUGGCUUUGGAGAGCCACAGCACCACACCGCCUUUCGAACAGGGCCCAUCUGGGUCCACUAGCCGGCCGGAGACUCCGGCAAGACGACCGGAAGGCCCCUACGGAGGAGGAGGAGGAGGGACUUUGUGA